AACAAGGCUCACUGUAUCGUGAACAUUUUGAGCCUCAACACUCCAAGAUGCCACAGAUGCUAUUAUUGAGCCAGAUCCUUCUAUCCUGACCCAACUAUGUCUAUUCGUGUCCUCCUUAAUGAUCGCUCUAACCUGACCCGGUCGAUUGCUCUCGUAACGCCAACCCACGCUCUCAUCUUCCGCCAUACGCCGUCUACCAACGACUCUUCAGGCAAUGGCUCUCUUACAUCAACCUCGCGCACCUCGCUGGACAACAACGGCGCAUCCGUGCCUAAGUGCAUGGUUGAGUUUUCAGAAGUAUCGUCCGUCGAUCUGAGCGACUAUCGGACGCUGAGUCCAUUGCCUGUCCACGGAACCCUCGGGCUGAUCACCAUCAAUAACGAUGUUUUCCUUUGUCUGGUGACCGGCGCAGCAAAGGUGGCCACAGUGCGACCUGGGGAAACGGUUGAUAAGAUCUACGCAGUGGAGUUCUACUGUUUAAAUAGCUCGAAUUACGACCAUAGCCUCAGCGAUAAUCUGGAUCCUUAUGCGAUUGACGAGCAAGAUAACUACCAGAGUCUCAGUCGCAGAGAGCCGGUUGAGCACCCGUGUAUGGAACUACAGAAGUUGCUGGGAAAUGGCAGUUUUUACUUCAGCACGGAUUUCGAUCUUACAAACAGGUUGCAAGACCGAGCCACAGAAACUUCUACUUUCGACACCGAUAAUUUGGACGAGUCCUUCCUGUGGAAUUCAUACAUGAUCAGCCCUCUGGUGAGAUUUCGGUCUCGACUGGUAGCACGUGAAAGAGAAGCAUUGGACAGGUCUGGGAUCCUUACGUCCGCGAUUCGUGGUUUCGUCCUUACAAUCACAAUUCCACCAUCCUCUGCGCCGGUAAGAGCUUCUAGAACCGGGCUCCCUUCGUCUUUGACCCUUAUAUCACGGCUGUCAUGUCGAAGGGCUGGAACAAGAUUCAACAGUCGUGGGAUUGACGACGAUGGGAAUGUGGCAAAUUUCGUCGAGUCGGAGACUAUUUACUGGUCCCCUUCGGCGGCUGCACCGGUGUCAGCAGGAUCCUCCUCAAAUGAGAGACCUGCAGGAUUAUGUUUCUCAUACGCGCAAAUCAGGGGUUCUGUGCCGGUGUUCUGGGAGCAAGCCGCGGGGUUGAUACCGGGCCAGCAGAAAAUAACAAUUACACGAUCAGCUGAAGGUACUCAGCCGGCUUUCGAUAAGCAUUUUAGAGAGUUGGAACAUGACUAUGGCGCUGUCCAUGUGGUUAAUCUCCUGAGUGAGACGAAACCGGGCGAAGCCGAGUUGACAAAGCUCUAUCGUUAUGGUGUCAGGCACUCUGCCCUCAAUCAUCCUGGACAGAAGACUUCUCGAGACCAUCAGCUUUUGAGAGAGACGGAGUUCGAUUUUCAUGCCGAGACUAAAGGACCGACUGGUUACGAAGCAGCUAGCACGAUUCGACGGCUCAUCGAGAACUCAGCAGACGGUUUUGCGUACUACCUCUCGGAGGAUAUUGAAGACCCGUCAGAUUACCCCGGUGAAAAGCCGCGUCGGAGGACGGUUGCUGUCUUACAACAGGAGGGUGUCUUUCGAACCAACUGUCUCGAUUGUCUGGAUCGGACAAAUCUGAUACAGACGAUUAUUUCUCAGAUGGCCAUUGAAGCCUUUCUUGGCCACCGAGCCGAACGUGCUACCUCAGACUUUUGGAUGAGACAUUCAAGUCUGUGGGCAGACAAUGGUGACGCCCUGUCGAGGAUUUACGCUGGGACAGGAGCUCUCAAGUCGUCUUUUACCAGACAUGGCAAGAUGUCAUUAGCUGGAGCAAUUGCCGAUGCGCGAAAGAGUGCGGCUCGAUUAUACAUCAACAACUUUGCAGAUAAAGCGCGCCAAAACACCAUUGAUAUCCUUCUAGGUCGGCUAGUUGGCCAAACCCCAGUGCAUCUUUUUGAUCCUAUCAACGACUACGUGACGGCCGAGCUCGCCAAGCGGAGCUCAGAAUACCAGUCUUCGGCCGUCAUCAAUAUAUGGGCUGGGACUUUCAACUUGAAUGGUCGAACCUCGGGUAUCAGUGAAGACCUCUCGUCUUGGCUCUGCCCUGAUGUUGAACCAUCUCAACAGAACCCGGAGAUCGUUGCAGUCGGGUUUCAAGAGAUCGUCGAGCUUAGCCCUCAACAAAUAAUGAAUAGUGAUCCCACGCGGAAGAAGGCUUGGGAAAUGGCGGUACAGAAAACCCUGAACCUGCAUGCCCGGGCUGCUGGUAGCGAACACUAUGUUCUUCUCCGAAGCGGCCAGCUCGUUGGUGCUGCUCUAUGUAUCUUCGUGAAGGCCUCGGUGCUUCGACAUAUCAAGAAUGUCGAAGGGAGCAUCAAGAAGACUGGCAUGUCUGGCAUGGCCGGUAACAAGGGAGCAGUAGCCAUCCGAAUGGAAUAUGAAAAUACCCAAAUUUGUUUUGUAACCGCACACUUGGCUGCAGGUUUCGCAAAUUACGAGGAGAGAAACCGGGACUAUAACACCAUCCAUCACGGGUUACGGUUCCAAAGAAAUCGAGGGAUUGAUGAUCACGAUACGGUAAUAUGGAUGGGUGAUUUCAAUUAUCGUAUCGGAUUAGGCUCUGAGAAGGUUAAACAGUUAAUCCAGAAGGGUGACUUGGAGGCCCUAUAUGAGAACGAUCAGUUAAACCUGCAAAUGGUUGCUGGUCUUACCUUCCCAUAUUAUUCCGAGUCGCGGAUAACGUUCAACCCAACCUACAAAUACGAUAUUGGUGAAGAUAGAUAUGAUACUUCCGAGAAAGCUCGGAUACCAGCUUGGACAGAUAGAAUCCUCCGCAAGGGAUCGAACCUCCGCCAGAUCAACUACAACACAGCUCCGCUCCGCUUCUCAGACCACCGCCCCGUCUGGGCCACCUUCCAGUGCACAGUGAGCAUCGUCGACGAGGGCAUCCGCGAAAGUCUGAGUCGCGAGAUCUACGAGAAGCGCCGUGCAGAAGUCGAUUCGACUGAAGCCGGACUAGACGACAGUGACGACGAAGACCUGAUCGGCUAUGAUCCUAUCGAACCCGGCCUGCCGCCAGCCAGCUCCGACAAGCGGAAAUGGUGGCUCGACAAUGGCCGACCCGCCCGCUCCGACCUCAAGCCGCCGCAGCCGGGCGCCAUCCCGAACCCGAACCGUCCCUCGAAUCCAUUCGCGCCAACCGACGAGCCCGACUGGGUGACGGUGCCACGCAUGCCGCCGCGUCCUCCCUCCCAAAGCAGCAUAUCUUCACUCCCGCCCCGCCCCUCAUCCAACCCUCCGCGCAAACUCCCACCGCCUCCCACCCCAUCCCUCGCCGCCUCCGCGACGCCCAACCUCUCCCAACCCUCCCUCCCCUUUCGAACCGGCACCGACCCAACACCCCCUCCCCUCCCCCGCCGCCCCUCCCUCUCCCCAUCCACCACCACAACCACCACGAGCACCACCAGCUCCAAAAACCCUCCACCCCCACCUCUAACCCGCAAACCCGUCCAUCUGACCUCCUCUCCUCCUCCAUCCCAAACCCCCUCCUCUCCACAGCCCCAGCCCAUCCCACGGAAACCGCCCCAGCCUCCGAGACCUGGGCGCGACGAGGGUCCUAGACCGGGAUUACCGCCCAGGCCGCAACGGGAUCUGUUGGGGGAGGACGAGGGAGGGUUGGAGGGGUGGGAGGCGUUGAGACCGGGGUAGGUUAUGUAGGGUGUAUAGAAAAGAAAAAUUAAAAGGAAAAUAAGCAUCUCGUCAAGUCUGCAUCGUGUAGCGU